CUGGUAUGUUAGACUGUGGUUAGACUGUGGACUGUGCUAUCUCGUUGUCACAUGCUUACCUAAUCUCGUUGCCAUUGAUAUGACUAUGUUUAUGUUUAAUGUUAUCUCUGAGACAGCCGGGAGUGUUUGAGUAAUGGUGUAAAUAAUCACAGGUUGUGCUUGACGUUUAAGAAGACCAGUCUCUGCUAAUUCGUGGGCCUGCGGGCAGAAAGCUCUUGCACAACGUCGAAAUUUACGCCAGCCAUCAUGAAGAAGAAGGUUUUGCUUAUGGGUAAAAGUGGGUCAGGAAAGACCUCAAUGCGAUCCAUAAUAUUUGCAAAUUACAUUGCUCGAGAUACUCGACGAUUGGGUGCUACAAUUGAUGUUGAGCAUUCACAUGUACGCUUCCUUGGAAAUCUUGUUCUCAACUUGUGGGACUGUGGUGGGCAGGAAGCUUUUAUGGAAAACUAUUUUGCUAGCCAGCGUGACAACAUAUUCCGAAAUGUUGAAGUCCUAAUAUAUGUCUUUGAUGUUGAAAGCAGAGAACUUGACAAAGAUAUGCAUUAUUACCAAAGCUGUCUUGAGGCCAUUCUGCAGAAUUCCCCUGAGGCAAAAAUUUUUUGCCUGUUGCAUAAAAUGGACUUAGUUCAAGAGGAUCAGAGAGAUAUGAUCUUCCGGGAACGAGAAGAGGAUUUGAAAAAAUUAUCGAAGCCACUUGAAUGCACCUGCUUUCGCACAUCUAUCUGGGAUGAAACAUUGUAUAGGGCAUGGUCUUCUAUUGUGUACAUGUUGAUACCAAAUGUGAAAGAACUUGAACAAAGUUUGAAUCUGUUUGCAAAUAUAAUAGAUGCUGAUGAAGUUCUUCUGUUUGAAAGAGCAACAUUUUUGGUUAUUUCUCAUUGCCAGCGUAGGCCUCAUAGGGAUGUUCACAGAUUUGAAAAAGUAUCUAACAUUAUUAAGCAAUUCAAACUUAGCUGUAGCAAGUUAGCAGCACAGUUCCAGAGCAUGGAAGUAAGAAACAGCAAUUUUGCAGCUUUUAUUGAUGUUUUUACAUCUAAUACCUAUGUAAUGGUUAUUAUGUCAGAUCCAGCAAUACCUUCUGAGGCUACACUGAUAAAUAUUCGCAAUGCAAGGAAACAUUUUGAAAAGCUUGAGAGAGUAAGCCAAGCACAGAGUGCACUCUCUAAAUAGGUUGGUCUGGACACACUUUGAGAUUAAAACAAUCCUCUGCAAUGUAAGGUUUCAUAAGCAUAUUUAUGAAGCACACCAUGUGGUAAAAGAUUCAUAAAGCAAGCAUGAAUCUCUACGCCUCGAAUCUGCUGCGUGUGAUUUCAUUAUGUUAUAAUUUAUCGUAUGUGCGUGUGGCUAUUGUUUGAAUUAUGACUUUGCAAUAGUUUUGUAGCAAAAACUGUACCAUCUUCCAGUCUGCAUUUUCUUUAACUGUGAGUGGCUUGAAGUAUGUGGUCAUAAUGGGAAAGAAAAUUUGCUUUUAUGAAAAAAGCCACUGCUUGUCAAAUAUGCUACCGGUCUUUCAAAAUGUUGAGAGAGAGAGAGAGAGAGAGAGAGAGUGUGAGUGCUGUAUUUCUUGUAUUUCUCUGCUCUCUAUUGUAUAUUGGUGCUAUUAGAAAUUCUAUCAGUGAAAGCCAAGGAAUCAGUUUGCUACAUUUCUUUCUGCAUAUUUUUAUAUUUAUAUAUUGGAAGUAUUUGAUAAGAGACAUAAACAUUUGUUGUUGCUGUCAUAGAACAGCUGUUUGCUUAUUUACUACAAACAGAUACUGCUGAUGGUUGCAUGUGCAUCUCAUUGUUGGGUAGUAUAAAUUUUAUAUGUGUUACUUCAAUGUAUGCCAAUUGUUGUUAAAUAAAAAAUAUAUAAUUUGCAUCUUA